AUGGGUGUAUAUUCGCCAUUAUUAGCCACCUACGGUGUGCGUGUUGAUCAAUUGCUCGAAACUGUGCAAGAUUUCGUCAGGUACCAUGAUAAAUUGAACAAGAAAUUGCAAAAAUUAAGACACAGAUGUCAGUUGACAACCAGGGAUACGAAAAAGUAUCGUACCAAGGAAAAAUAUAGCAAGCUCAGCUCUGAUGAUUAUGAUGAGAAUUCAAAGCUUUACGGUGUCGUUGUAUUGUUGCAUGCGGAGAGAGAUUUAGCAUUAGCAGAGGUCCUAAAAUUGAGAGCUCGUCAAAGAGGUAAAAUGAAGAAGAGUGAACGUAAGGUGGUCUCUACCAGACUUAAGAGGGCAAUGCAAACAUCUGAGAAGUUGGUAGCGUUGACUACAAAUGAAUCCCAGUGGAUUACCCGUGUGCAGUACUUGGUAUACGAGAAAUUGGCUCGUGCUGAGUACUUAACCCACGGUAAACAACAAAGGCAUAAGGAUAGUAAGAAAAUCUCUAAAGAGUUGGCAUUAUCCUUCGCUGCACUAAAGUAUCUGGAACAGGCCUCCGUUAUAACUGAUAGUGUGGUAGAAUUCUUACAUGCCAAAUACGAAUACACUUUGAAACAGCAUGCAGAUGGAGCCUUCUCUUCAACUGAAUUGCACAAUUUCGUUGUGGAAAAGGUAGAGGAAGCAAGUCAAAAUGGUGAUGAAAUGGUUAAACUUUUAGUGGAAAAUGGUUACAAACCCCAAAAGCAAGCUAGUGAAGCUGGUACGUCUUUCAAAGAGAUCCAAUGGAGAGCGUUUACUGCUAAAGUAUACGACCCGCAGGUGGAAGAACUGAUUGCGGAAUCAAAGUCUGUAACAGUCAAAAGUGCGCCUGAUUACGAUACGAAGCUCCUCAAAUGGCAACAAGCUCUUGAAAUACAAGAAUCACGUAUUGCCUCGCAGGAUGAAGACGAAGAAGAUGAAGCCGACAACCAGGAGAACGAUCAAAUUCUUUUGGCAUACAUCAAGUAUAACGCUCUUUUCACAUCUGUUCUGCGUGAUAACUAUUUGUUUGGUCAACUGUGGCAACAAUGGACCAAAUUGGGUACCGCGAUGGCAUCUCGUUUGACAAAAAGUAAGGAAAUUGAACGUAUUGUAAAGAAUUUACAAAAGUAUCUGCAGGAUAUCAUGGAGUUGCCAGGUGUUUAUCGAGAUGACGAAUUGACAGAACAAUUAGAAUUGAGUAAAUUAUACUUCCAGUUAACCUAUACUUCAGGUUGUCUUGGUGGACUCUAUCAGCUUAAAGGAAGAUAUUUGGAAUCAUUAGCUCUACAUGUGGAUGCUCAUCAAAAAUUAGAGGAAAGACUUACGGAAAUGGGUAAUUUCCAGGAUAUCUUGAUACCUCUCGAAGUCCUGUCUCAUAAGAAGAUCGAGUCUCUGCAGCAGUUAAUCAAGGCAGGCUGGAAAAGUGUGGUCUCGUUGGCUGAAUACGAAAAGCACUUGAAAGUGCAAGGCCAAGCCGCUCACCAACCUACUCUAAUUGAAAAAUUGGAUACCGGCAGAAUCAUACCAUCAGACGUUAAAUUGUCUAACAUUUUCCCACUAAGACCGAAAUUAAGACCUGUGCCAAGCAAACCAACUUUAUUCGAUCUAGCCUUCAACUACAUGGAUUAUGCCGGUGAAGGUUCGGAAUCUGCUUCAAGCUGGACGACUCAGAGAUCAGAACCCGCUCCUGCUUCAAAUAAUGGAGACGAUAAUAACAGUAAUACGAAUAAAAAACGUGGAUUUUUGGGACUAUUUGGUCGUUAG